CUGCAUGCAUACUGAAAACUCAAGCAAAUAGAAAAUUGCAGCAUUGUGGCGGCAUCGGUGUUUCAAGUUCUUGCCUUGCACAACACGAUGCAGUGCGUCAAGCCUUUUGCUCGCACUCCAUGUGGGUUAGGUGCUCGCGCCCCGAUACGUGUUAGCCGCAUCGGUCUGUCCCAGCGCACGCUAGCGACGAGGACUCGCGCAGAGCCCGAGAAGGAGAAGCAAACAAGCCGUGCGAGCGUGGAUGACGAGGUGCUGCCGACCGACGAGAUCGCGAAGCUAGCGGCUCUGCGUCGCCAGCAGCAGGCAAACUUCGCGCAGGACUCCAACAUCGUGCAGGGGGCUCUUGAAGAGGCGCAGCUCAUCACCUGGCCCCGGCCACAGAAGGCUGCGCUGGACACGGUGUUGGUGCUCUUCAUUGUGGCGGGCAGCGGCGCGCUGCUGUUCGGCAUGAACGUGCUGCUGGCGGAGCUCAGCGAGUGGUGGUAUCACCUGGCCUAAGCGGACGUAGACGUUUGCUGGCCUGAGGAGCUUGAGCAGAUGGGGCGGCACCGGCUGCCGCAAGCUGGCGGCAAUUGCUGGCUGUUGUUGGCGUUUUGCCGGCAGGGGCCUUGGCUGCCGGCGUGCAACUGGGGCUAGAACCCCGUGCUUGGUUAACAUGCGGAGGUGACGGUGGUGAAGCAGUUGGAGCCGAGUGCAGCGCGGGUGUGCAAAUGGGUUGGCCGUCUCGCAGGACAGCUUGGCCCACCAAGGGAGCCUUGGGUUUGUGGCUCGUUGACGGCGGAUUGUUUGGGUUCGAGCUCAGGUGGUGUCCUGAUAUCCACCAGGAGCGGCGUGAUACGGGGCUGACGGCGACGCCACAUAGGCCAGUGGUGCAAAGGACUGGAGGGACCGUUUCGCGGAUCAAUUUUGACGACGAGCAAUGCCGCGUUGAUUUGGGAGUGGGAUGAGAGUGAGGAUGCGAGUGGAGCUGGUGAUGAUCGGACUGGUCACUGGUAUUGCGAGGCGAAAUAUGGGUGGAGACUGGCACAGUACCAGAACCUCCAGGAUGAAACUAGUGGACAAUGACUGCCUGUUGUGCGAAGUAGGACAGAGGUAAGGGCCACAGCAUGGCGAGCUACUGCAACACGUGCAUGGUAUGCCACUGCAACACGUGCCUGCAUAGUCCGAGCCGGAACCCGAAAUGGCGCGCGAUGGGUGCAAAACAGGCUAUCUGGAGAGCCCGCGGGGGCGCAGGGCACCGGGAAUUCGGUGGCGGACUUGCGGCGUUGUGAACCAAGAGCGAAGUACCGAAUUACGCAACGGAAGCAGGUGGAACUUCGGGGUUGUGGACGCGAGUUCGCACAGCUUGACGUCAAGGCGCUCAUGCAUCCUAGGACAGCAAACCUUCCCCGCGCGCUAUACCCCAACCUGUGUUUGUGCGGGGGUUGGGGGGCGCACCUCAAGCGUGAAGAACGCGGGGUUCAUAAAAUGGACAAGUGCUGCCUGCAGCUAGGCCCGCAGCCAAGGCGUCAGAUGCACAAGUUAAGGCCUCAAAGGGUGUGGUCCAGGGUGUUAUCGACGAUGCUUUCAACGAGUGUGGUCCAGGUCAAGGGGCAAAGUAGCGCCACAGGUCGUGCCGCAGUGGCAUUCGACGAAUGCAUUCCCAGGACAGUGCAGUUCAUUUGUGAUGCUGCCAACACGAACAGGCAAACAUGUGGCCGCUUUCUGUGGAAACAGUCUUGGGCACAGUCCACUGGCAAAAGCGGGCUGCAAGAGUCGUGUGUUGACCGCAGGACAGGUCACAUGAAAGUCUACU